CUAUGCGAACAGGCUGGCAGGAGUUCGCCUCGUUGCCUGGAUACGAACGCAGAGGGUGGCGCAAACGGUCGAUCUUCUCCGAGUGAAACUGACCUCCGGAGUUCGCCAUUUUGGCUACUGUCUGGCGGGACAUCGCCUAACAACCGCGAUUCAAUUUGAGCCCGAAUGUCUCCGGUUGGUCUGACGUUGUUGAAGAAGUAGCGAACGUGAAAACAGCGCCAUUUCUGUCGGCGUCCAUGAUACGCGAUGCUACCGCAGCGGAUUCCAGAGCUUGAGGUCGGAACGGCAGCGGGCGAGAAGUAGCCGCUCCCCUUUUGCUGCCCCUGUCUACUUCAGACCACGGCAGGUUGUGCCGGUGAAGUGACACCCAGCUGAAAAAUGGACCCCUUCAACUGAUUUGCAAACACACACUGUGUUUUGCGCUGAGAUCUGCAGCAUAAGCCAUGUCCGACGAAUAAAAAAAACCUUUUUUUUUGCAAUCAAGCAAUAAAAAAAAUCAAAAAAUCUAAAAAAUCCCCAUGCCUCCCCACGCAGGGCCGCUUCAGUGCAUCCUUCUGGAGUGACGGCCCCAUCUUCCAGAUAGGCCCUGCCUCAUCCUCUCUACACACCCUUGUUCUCCAACCACCCAGAAUUGCCCAUCAAAAUGUUGCUUAACCUGAGAAUGGCCAACACCUGAGGUCCCAUGCGUCCAGUGAGCACCGAUUCAGACGGUCCGGCUCCUCCUGAAAACUUCUCCUGCCCCUACCCACUCGUAGGUUCCCUGUCUGCCUCAGAGAUGUCCCUGCUCCAGUCGUUGGGUCCAGUGCAAAGCUGGUUAGGCCAGGAGCUUGAGAAAUGCGGGAUUGAUGCUAUGAUCUACACCCGCUAUGUUCUUAGUCUUCUCUUGCAUGACAGUUAUGACUACGACCUGCAGGACCAGGAAAAUGACAUCUUCUUGGGCUGGGAGAAGGGAACUGGGAAGAAAUGGGGUAAGAGUAAGAAGAAAGGAGGGACUGACCUGAGUCUUGAGGAAAUGAAGAAACAAGCCGCUGUGCAAUGCCUGCGCUCCGCAUCUGAUGAAAACUCUGGAAUUGAGAGCCUGGUUGAUGAGCUUUGCUCUAAACUUAAGGACAUCCAAAACAAACAGAAAGAAGAAAAACAGAUUCAAAAGAAAUCUGAUGGCUCUCGGUCUCCUGAGCGAGCUGAGUCCCCCUUGUCAAAGGACCAGGUGGAAAUGUAUUAUGAAGCCUUUCCUCUUUUGUCAGAGAAGCCAGUUUGUUUACAAGAGAUUAUGACGGUGUGGAACAAAGCUAAGGCCAGCGCAUAUUCAAGUUCAUCAUCCUCAGCGGCCCCACAGACCAGUACCGACACCUCUUCCCCAAAAGAUUGCAACAGUGAAGGUGAGGCCACAAAGGAGCGGAAUCUAGAGGCGUGCACUGUUGUCACCGAAAGAAGCCAGCAGCGACGGAGCAAGAAAGAGAAAGAAAAUCGGUAUCACGUUGGUGCAGCAGCUGAAGAGAAAUCCAACCUCCACUCCAAGAGACAGACCAGACACAGAUCUGAGGGCAAAUACAGACCCAGGUCCUGGUCUUCAGGCUCUAGUGAGGCAGGCUCCAGCUCCAGUGGGAAUCAGGGUGACACUAAGUCAUCCAGAAUAAAGGCAGUUAGAGUGAGGCACAAGUCAAGAGAGGCUGCAAAGCAUAAGAGGACGCGCAACAGCUCACAGGUGAAGCUGCAGGUAAAGGUUAUUGACAGAGAAGAGCGAAGAAACAAUGGGGGGAGCAGUAGUAGCACCACGGGAGGUGUCACAAAACCGCAGCUUUAUAAAAGGGGGAAAAGACCGCUGAAGGAGAUUCGUAAAGAUCAUGGCUGGGUGGAGGGAAAGGAGUCUGGAGUUGAGGUCAGAAAUAAACAGGAAUAUAUGGAAGAGCCACUUUGGUACACUGAGCCCAUCACAGAGUAUUUUGUUCCUUUCAACAGCAGACAAAGCAAGUUGGAAACAAAAUAUCGCAACAAGAUGGACUCUAUGGAAAGCUACACCUUGUCGACAGACAUGGAAAGGCUGCCAGAGAGAAUCCAGGGAAUCUGCAUUGCGAACGAGAGCUACCAGAGAGCAUACCUCGCAGCAGGUUCAUUUGUGGAUGGGCACUUUGUGGAAGGGCCUGAUGAAGCUGAAGACGAAACUGUUGAACUCACUGGGACCUUUGCCUGCCCUCAGCCAGAGGAUAUAGAUUUAGAUGACAAGCAUCUGUCUGAAUUUACUCACUUCUAUGAAGUUGAUAUUUAUCAAUCCAUAUUGGAUACUAGUGCCUCAAUACAAGAGAGUCGAAUCCUCAGCAUGAUUCGACAAAAAAGCAAAGAGCAAAAAGAAGUGGAGGCAGAAUGCUGUUUAGUUCUAGAUGAUCUUGAGCAGCAAGGGGAAAGUGCAAUACUGGCAGAUUCGCAGCAAGCUUCAGGACCCGUUGGAUUCUCAAUGGAGGAUCUCGAAAACGUGGCUCAAGUGUGGGGAUGUUGUUCGCCAUCUACUUCAGAAGAUAUAGAUGGAGAAAGCUUCAUAGGAGACUCGCCCAUUCGCCUCUCCCCCCUCCUUGAUAGUGUUUCGUUCACCCUGAGCAAACUAUCUGGAAACAUGGAGGAGCUACCUGUUCCUAAAGCUGCCAGUGAACCGUCUGGUUUGAACUCAUCCUGCUUCUCACUUUUUGAGUUGCAGUAUGACAGUCCCACAUUUCCUUUCCCCCACGACUCUCUCGCUCUUUGUCAAGAAAACAACACUGAUUCUAGUAGCUGUCUCGACCCACAUUCGAAUAAACAGUCUCGUUUGUUAAUAUGGACCAAAAAUAGUGCCUUUGACGAAACUGAACACUGUUCUAACCUUUCUACGCGAACGUGCAGUCCGUGGUCACAUUCAGAGGAGACUCGUUCAGACAAUGAACAAGGAAAUGCUGCAACAGAGGAUUCUGCUCCAAUCGGCAACAAAGAGAUUGAUUGUAUCAUCCCUUCUCUCUCUGGUGCUUACUUGGAGGACGAGAUCUUGGAGUUUUUACAGGAAGAAACUGACCACAAGUGCGAGGAGGUCAGUCUUAGCACAGCAUCUCAACAGACCUUCACCAAAAAAUCUAAAUUGGAAUCCAUUUGUGGCAUUGCUUUGGAGGAGGAUGAGAGUAAACAGUACAGUACUGGCAUGUUUUCAGAUAACGCACAUCAACAGAGUGAUGAUUACAGCUCAGGGAUCAUAAAGGACAUUUGGACUACAAUUGGAGAUGGUAAAUCUGCAACAUCCAGACAAGGAGGUGAAAAACUGAGCGAGGGUUUAUUCUCAGACAAGUCUGGUUACUGCUGCAGCUGUCUGAAGGUUCAGGCGAAAGAGGUUCCACAUCAGGGGCCUCAAAAGAAAGCAGUGCAGCGCUCAGAGUAUCACCUUUGGGAAAACAAGAAAGAGGAACGGGAUAUAGCUAAAAACAAACUGUCUAAGGUAGAUAGUGCCGGGGAUUACAUGACUCCGUCCAAGCCCUGGAACCUGAGCUCUGACAAGGAAAGUACAUCCUUUAUUCUUGGUGGAGUGUAUGGAGAGCUAAAGACACUGAGUGGUGAUAAAAAUUGGGCUGUUAUUCCACCAAGUGACACCCAAGACAGUCUGCUUCAGUGUGCUGCCGCAGCAGCAUCUGCUUCCAACUCAGACAUGCUCACCAUCACAGGCACAGAUGUUUUCAUGAACACAAGCAGCUGCUUUGCUCCUGGGCACCGGCCCCUGUGGAGGCCCCUUGUGUCCUUCGGGCAGAGUGACCAGGCCAUUAAAGGAGGUGGAGAUGGGCUGAAUAAGGGAUUUUCAUUCAUCUUCCAUGAAGAUUUGCUUGGAACAUGUGGAGGCUUGCAUGGUGAAGAGCAAGGAUUAGAAUACCCGUUUGCAUCCUUCAACUUUAACAAUCCCUUCUCUCAAGUCCUCCACGUAGAGUGUUCCUUCGAGCCCGAUGACAUGGCUUCUUUCAGUCCUGGGUUCAAGCCCAAGUCUAUCCUGUGCUCCGACACUGAGAAUGAAGCUUUCCAUCCGCGAAUAUAUGGCAUCAACCGGACUCAGUAUCGGGCAAUUCGCAUUUCCCCUAGGACUCAUUUCAGACCCAUUUCCGCCUCCGAGUUGUCACCAGCUGGAGUAAGUGAUUCAGAGGGUGAGACUGACAAGGAAGAGAUGAGUUUUCCCGUCCCGCCACCAGUGGAUGUCUUUGACGAUCCUCAGGCUGACCUCAAACCUCUGGAGGAAGAUGCAGAAUGCGAGGGCCCUUAUUACGGGAAGUCAGAACUUGAAUCUGGUAAAUUUCUACCCAGAUUAAAGAAGUCUGGCAUGGAGAAGAGUGCACAGACUUCUCUAGAUUCACAGGAGGGCUCCUCUGCCCUUCUGCCAAUCGCAGAGCAAGAAAUAUGCCUAGACUGCAAAACAGCAGAGGCUGCAAUUGCAGGUGGACAGAUGGACGUCUCAGUCAGCAAGAUCCAAAAAGUGGAAUCUUCAGGAGAGAAGCAGUCCUGCCUAUGUGCACCAGCAAGUCAAAUCCCCAAGUAUGGGAUUGCUUUUGACUUUGUUGGAGAUGUGCCAGAGCUCCCUCUCUUAAACAUAAGUGGACAAGGAGGGAGCAGCAACAUUUGA